AGACUUUGCCCGACAGUUUUGCUUUCUUAUCAUUGCGUGUCUGAGGAAAAUCUGGGAAGUGCCAGGAGAUUGGAGGGAUAAAAAUAAAGCCCAAAUUGCCAGUGAGAGAGAAAAGUGAAACCAGCACAGCUAAACUCAGAAGAAAAACAAAGAGGACAAGCUCUUCUAACCUUCCAGCUGAGGCAGCUUUCUGCUCACCUCUACAGAAUCUCUCCACCGGAUCAGGAGACACCCUGGACAUGGCCUCAGAGAUCCACAUGCCAGCCCCAGAGUGCCUCAUUGAGAAUGUCAAUGGGCGACUGGUGGUUAAUCCAGUAACUGCGAAGAUCCUGUCUGCCAUCAGGGAGCCUGUUGUGGUGGUGGCUAUCGUGGGCCUCUACCGCACGGGCAAGUCCUACCUGAUGAACAAGCUGGCUGGGAAGAACAAGGGCUUCUCUCUGGGCUCCACGGUGCAGUCACAUACAAAGGGCAUCUGGAUGUGGUGUAUGCCUCAUCCCGAGAAGCCAGACCAUGCUCUGGUUCUGCUUGAUACUGAGGGCCUGGGGGAUGUGGAGAAGGGAGACAACCAGAAUGACUCCUGGAUCUUUGCCCUGGCGGUUCUCCUGAGCAGCACCUUUGUAUACAACAGCAUGGGAACCAUCAAUCAGCAGGCCAUGGACCAACUACACUAUGUGACAGAGCUGACACAUCGAAUCAGGGCAAAAUCCUCACCUGAUAAACAUGAGGUCCAAGACUCAGCCAACUUUGUAGGCUUUUUUCCAGACUUUGUGUGGACUCUGAGAGAUUUCUCCCUGGAACUGGAAGCAGAUGGACAGCCCAUCACUGCUGAUGAGUACCUGGAAAAGUCACUGAAGCUAAAACAAGGAGAUGAUAAAAAAACUAAAACUUUUAAUGAACCUCGGUUAUGUAUCCGAAAGUUCUUCCCAGAGAAGAAGUGCUUCAUCUUUGAUCGCCCUGCUCAUAGGAAGUACCUUAUCCACCUGGAGCAGCUACAAGAGGAUGAUAUGAACCCUGAAUUCAGAGAACAAGCUGCAGACUUCUGCUUCUACAUCCUCAGCCAUUCCAAGGCCAAGACUCUCUCAGGCGGUAUCACAGUCAAUGGGCCUCGUCUAGAGAGCCUGGUGCAGACCUAUGUCAAUGCCAUCAGCAGUGGGGAUCUGCCCUGCUUGGAGAAUGCAGUCCUGGCCUUGGCCGAGACCGAGAACUUGGCUGCAGUGCAAAAGGCCAUUGCCCACUAUGACCAGCGGAUGGGCCAAAAGCUGAAGUUGCCCACGGAAACCCUCCAGGAGCUGUUGGACCUGCACAGGGCCAGUGAGAAAGAGGCCAUUGAAGUCUUCAUGAAGAACUCUUUCAAGGAUGUGGACCAAGUGUUUCAAAAAAAAUUAGGGGACAAAUUAGAAGCAAAGCGACAUGACUUUUGCAGACAGAACAUGAAAGCAUCCUCAGAUUACUGCAUGGCUUUAAUUCACGAUAUUUUUCAUCCUCUAUAUGAAGAUGUGAAGCAGGGAACAUUUUCUAAACCAGGAGGUUAUUAUCUAUUUAUUAAGAAGAUGAAUGAGCUGAAGGAUAAGUACCACCAGGUCCCCAGAAAGGGGGUACAGACAGAAGAGACACUGAGGAAAUACUUGGAUUCCAAAGAGGGUGUGGCUGAUGCACUUCUACAGACUGAUCAGUCGCUGACAGAAAAGGAAAAAGAGAUUGAAGUGGAACGUAUGAAGUCUGAAGCUGCAGAAGCUGCAAACAAAAUGUUAGAGGAAAUGCAAAAGAAGAAUCAACAGAUGAUGCAAGAAAAAGAAGCGAGUUAUCAGGAACAUAUGAAGCAACUGACUGAGAAGAUGGAAAAGGAGAGGGCCCAGUUAAUGGCAGACCAAGAGAGGAUUCUAGCCCUUAAACUUCAGGAACAGGGACAACUUCUCCAGGAGGGAUUCCAAAAGGAGAGCAUGAAACUUCAUAAAGAGAUUAUAGCCCUCCAGAGGAAACAGAAAGAAGUAGAACGAUGUAAUAUUCUCUAAAAACCUAAGGACCAUAAUUUCCUAACCAGCUUCUAUCUGUUAAGAACAAGUUGAAUGAGCACCUUCAAGAUGUCAAACAAUUGCCACUAAACUUGAAGUCAUAAGAUGCAUUUUCAUUGAGGCUUAAAGUUUGCAAAGAUGAAAUAAAAUGUGCAUUCAGUUUUUAA